AGCCAAGCAUCAUGUCCAAAAGCAACCAAGCCCCCAUUGGGUUCAGCGCUGCUCCCCCUCCCUCAGCACCCCCCAGCUAUGCCCAAGCCAUGGGAGGUGUUCCUCCCCAAGCUCCUUACUACCCCCAGCCAGCUCCCCCUGGGGUGUACGGACACCCUGACACCCAGCAGCCUUUCCUCAAAGAUCAAGCUCGCCCGACGAUCGUGACGACGAUUGUGCCGCUGGGUCGUCAGUCGACGCACAUGAUCUGCCCGCACUGCCAGGCUGAGAUCAACACUGCUACCAAAACUGCGCCCUCCCGCACCGCCUGGCUCGCCAGCCUCCUCAUUUGCCUCCUCGGAUGUCCUCUGGGAUGCUGCCUCAUCCCCUUCUGCAUGGAUGACUGCAUGAACACCGAGCACAACUGCCCCAACUGCAAGGCUUACCUGGGGCAGCACGCGCGCAACUGAGCAACCUUUGCAUCACGCGCGUAACUUCAUCUCUAAGCGCUUGACUCCAUCUUUAAGCGCGUACUUUCAUCUUUGAGCGCGUAACUCCAUCUUUGAGCGCAUAACUCCAUCUUUGAGCGCGUAACUCCAUCUUUGAGCGCGUAACUCCAUCAUUGAGCGCGUAACUCCAUCAUUGAGCGCGUAACUCCAUCUUUGAGCGCGUAACACCAUCUUCAAACGCGCAACUCCAUCUUCACCAGCGGAUAUCAAAAGUUUCGCGCUUAAUAGUGCAUGGAGUAGAACGGAAGUACAAGUUUGAGUUAAAUUUGUGAGGUUGCCCCUCGAAUUAGAAGCCAUCAUACGACGAAGCCAAUUUUUAUUUGAUGUAACGGAGAAACCUAUUUCAUGUAGCGCACUCGCAAAUAUUUGUUUCGGCGGACAAAUGGAAGUUGUCAUUCACAGCUAUUGUGAUUAUGUUAUUGAAUAGGUUUGUUUUUGUUUCUUCUAAAUUCUAUUUGAAUCCUUAAGUACCUUGAAAUAGAUCUGAUUACACAGUUGAGAUUAUAUUGUGUGUCGAUUGAACGCACCAGGUGCGGUUUUAGAAAUCUUAUUUUAUUGUGUUACGAAUGUCAUUUUUGCUAUUUAACUCGUGCCGAAUUUUUCAAAAUUGUAAUAAAAACAGCUUGAGCUUGCAGUAUAUUCUUUGUCUCGUUUCUGUCAAGGAUUGAUGUCGUCUAUGGUAUUCUGCUCUUUUAUUUCAUUUCGAAAUUGUCCAUUUAAAACACGUGGUUCGCGUUACAACGCCGCCUCGUUCGAUGUCUCAGUUUAGCGAUCACUUGGCAUCGCAUGUUUCACUCUUUAUUCAUUAAGCAUUUAUUGUACUCGCACUCAUUUAAUUAUUUACUAACUUCUUCUUAACUUGAUUAUUAUUAUUUUCGUCCUUUUAUCAUAAAUGGUUUAAUGACCCUUGCUUCACUAACUCAAGCUUCGCAGCGAAUGAUAGCCAAAAAUAUUCUGAUAGAAACUAUACUCGCAACUCGGCCAUUUAAACAGAACCCGAGUUAACGUUAUAAAUUGGUCAAUAUGAGGAUUGAAAACUUGGAUGCUGGAUUAUUUGGAAGGGUGAUCGGGACGUGCAUGUUCUCUUUUUGACGAGUGAAUUAGAGGAAGCUUUCACUUGCGUUUGUGACUCUCUUAUAGUAUUUUUCGUGUAGAUGUGCCUUCGUACUGUCAUGCGUACGUUCCAUACAUUCAUUUGUACAUUUUAUGAAGUCUCAAGUUUGCUCGCGCAAUCUUAUUGCACGAUGUUUUAUUGCAUUUCCAUCCUUUAUUAAUUCCAUUCAUUUUGGGAGUAUUUAAAGUGCGUCACACUUUAUGCACUAACUAACGCGCGUAUAGAUUCGUCCAUAACUCCUUGCAUCAUCCGAUCUGUUCUUAUAUUAAGCCAGUUUCGUGUGUAUUUGACUAACAACGCUCUUUAAAUUCGUAAGAUGUGCUCAUAUUAAAAAAUCGCUCAUGAUUGAAGGUCAGUGAAUUUAUGGUCUAUAUCGCUUCUUGUUUCCCAUCGUGCGACGUCAACAUACUGCACGCAUCCUUGGGCGCGCGUUAUUUUAAGGCAUGUUGGUGUCAUCAGUUACGCAUGCCAAUAUAUACCUCUUUUAUGUGGUAAAUACGUAGUGCCUUCACCGUAUGAAGAACAAAUCUGACACACAAGGCUUGGUCGGUGUUAAACUUUAAAAACCUGAAUAAAUUAAAGCCAAGUGCAAUGUUUUCUCGCCAGCAAGACGGUAGCUCUACUCUGCUGAAGGCUCUUUGUUUCAACAGUGCAGUCGUUCCAAAACUUUUCUACCUUGUGAACAAAUUUAAGAUGAUGAAAAUAAUAAGUAUGUCGCUCUCGUCUUAAAUGUUGUUAUUUACGCUUCACUAUAUACUGCUUUCAUUGCUAUACUUGAUAAGAAUUGCCCGCAGUUUUGGGACUAUUGCAUCAGCGACAUUUUUAUGCUAAUCCUUGAACUCGAGUACGUUCGAAGUCUCACUAAAAUUUUAAUUGAUUUCAUUAAAUGAUGAAAGUUCUGCAUUACUAGAAAAUGGUUUUAAUUUGGGUGAGUUCACGAGUUCACGUCACAACUUUCUUGGAGCAUAAAUACAACGCUUUUUAUUGUCAGACUAACUUUCUAUUAUUCUGUACGCAAUUUAGUAUUAUGGUUACUAAUUGCCACCGAGAUAUGUGUAGUGUUCCUUCAUAAAAAUAGCGUAUAUCUAACUUCAAAAUCAAACACCAACUCGUAACUAACCGCGCGGCAGUUUGACAAAUCUAUUGGCAUGUUGAUAGCUAUGUUGACAGGUCUGUCCACUUGAGCUUGUCUUGUGUGUAUAAAUAUCAUUUGGCAUAAACUCCGCAUCGACGUCAUUACUUACAUACCUCUAUUUGUACAACUAACACCCCCGUGUAUUUGAUGCUUGAAUCUCAAUUAGUGUUUGAACAUAUACCAAAAAUAUGAAACUCGCAAUCUCAAUAAUGCUGACCAAAUAUGAACUAAGAAAUCUAUUAAACAGUGUAUAUGGAAUCAAAAUUUAGAAAUUGUUUACAGGUUCAUUGGGUUAACGUUAAUAAAUAUGUUGUCGGA